AUGCCCAUUCUCGAACUCGACGGUACGCUUGGCGCGACCUUGAUUGGCGUUGUCAUUGGAUCGAUGAGCAUCAACAGUUUUCAUUUGAUCCUUGUCUGCCAUUUUAUGUACUACUACACGAUUACCCAUUUCGCGGAUUUCGAAACGCUGGCUGUUUCAAACUGGAGUUCUGCUGCUCAUAUACCAGUGGGAGGUUCAGUCCUAUUUGUUUUUGUACCGCCGAGCAGCACUGAAAAAGUAUCUACAACAGCAAUCGUUAGCUCCUUCGUCCAAUUUUUCUAUGCCUACAGGCUUUACCUGCUCAAUGGACGUAGAUUCGUCGUUCCUGCAGCCAUAAUGUUCUUUUCAUUGCUGCAAACAGCCAUGGGAGCCUCCCUAGCCGCAGAAAUGUAUUUCGAGAAGGAAAGACUGAGCCAGGCGAGUCAUUGUUUAAAUCCCAGGUAUUGCAUUCCGGUGAAUGAGCCUCAGCCCUACGCCAUUAGUGCACUAGCUUGCGAGUGUCUCUGCGACAUAUUAAUUACGUGGUCAAUGACUUGUUACAUACGGAAGAGUGAAACAAGCAUACUCUCGUCAAAGACACUCCAGGCGAUAGUACAAUACGCGGUCAACACUGGGGCGCUGACAACGUCAAUAGCAAUUGCGGCCGUUAUCAGCUGGGUGAUUGCGCCCGACGCACUCGUUGACGCUGCCCUAUACAUUGUCAUGGUACGCCUCUAUCCAUGCUCAUUCCUCUCUAUUCUUAACUCUCGGCACUACCCCCCGGAUAUCGGAGACAUCAUGAUGGACGGACCGGAGACUCACAUGUCAUUCCUCAACCAUUCUACGACAACCUAUCAGGAGUCUACGCGGCAUAUCACGCAAGCAUCAUCAAGCUCAGGCGGCGUCAAAUAG